GCGUUGAAUUCGCGUUCAAUCCCCGUUCAAACGCGCGUUGGACGCGAAUGAACACAUCUAGGGCCUGCUCCCCUGUCUAUCGAUACCUGGUUGUCGGCCAGAAGGUCGACAACAAGGGGGUCAUGAUGCUGCGUUACACGUUUUGCAACAAAGUUUUCCAAGGGACCCAGUUUCAGGCCACGAGGCACUUCUCGCAGACAAACUACUGCAAGGACGUCAGCGACGAGGCGUUGUACGAGAUUGGUCGAUGGACUCAGCAGAAGUUUGAGGCCGAUCAGAUGGAGAGGGUGUCGAGGUAUGCAGCGGAGCGCGGACUCGAUGUGCCCGGCACGGGUGGUGCAAGGGGAGGAGAGGCGGGGCGGCGUUCGGCGAAGGGAGGGGUCGGGGGAGAUGGUGGGCAUGGUGCGGCAGACCCCACUUUGGGUGGUGGAGGCGGUGAGACAGAGGAGGGCGUGAUCCACGUGGAUCGCGAGGCGCGUGGCCUGGGUGACGGGGGAGUCCCGGAACGGGAGGACGUGCCUGAGGUUUAUCAAGGCACUGGGGAGAGGUUGGAGGACUGGCGGAGGCGAGUAGGCAAGGGAGCUGCAACGGAGGGGUCUUCGAAGAGGAAGGAAGGAGGGAGUGAUCCGGCUGCCACCCCAGCAGGGAAGAGGCUUCGGCAGCAGAAGGUGACUGAUGUCUACGAUGGCGAGUGGGUUGCCCGCCACAAGAAGGCACUCCUUCGCUGGUUGUAUUCCAGCGGGGUCUCCUUCAAUGCCUUUCGCAACCAGGCGUGGAAGGCAUAUCAGCAGGUGCUUCUUGAGCAGCCUGGCAGUUUCCCGCGCGCAGUGCUGCCCAACCACUGCGAGAUUGCGAGUAUGCGGGCGGUGGAGACCCACCGUGCGGAGUUGGUGGAGGAGUUGGAGGAGAGGGUGGCCACCAUCGUCCAUAUCAUGCAGCCCGUCAUGGAGUUGCUCAGGAGGAUGGAUCGUGGAGGACAGUACAUGUCCCUCAUGAUCGAGUGGACGCAGGAUCUUGUCCGCCGUGUCACGGUCGCAUGCGCCCCUUUGGGGACGUCGUUCGCCGACCGGAUCAUCAGGCGUGUGCAGGCUCGCAUACAGCACAUGCUUGAGCCGACUCACUGCGCAGGGUUGUUACUGAACCCCCGCAGGCGACACGUUCGCUACUUUUCGGGGCAGGUGGAGAGGUACGAUGCUUGGCUUGUGGGGCAAGCAAAGAGGUACAUUUUGACGCAGACGGGAUUCGAGUUGGAGGGUGCGGAGUACAUCCUUGCAUGUCGGCAGUUUGAGGACUUCCACAUUCAGCAUGGCAGGUUCGGGGAUUGGGGCAGUCCGGAGGGGCGUGCUCGUGGGCGCGCAUGCAGCGGCGACAGCGAGACGAUUGAGUGCGCGUCUUGGUGGUCUCAGUUCGGGUCGGGCGCGCCACAGUUGCAGCGUUGCGCUCUUCGGGUGAUGCACAUGUGGUCUUGCGCCUCUCGAGUGGAAAGGAACAGGGCAGUCCACGAGGGCAUUCACACGAAGAAGCGCAACCAGUUGGCCUUCGAGAAGGUCAUGCAACUCGUUGAGAUCACCGCAAAUGUGCGGUUGACUGAGUAUCGGCGGGAUGGAUGCGGUUAUGUGCUGCCAUGGCAGCGGAACGAGGGCAUGUUGGAUUGCCAGGCAGGACUCGAGUUGGAGCCUGUGCGCACGGGAACUCGCAGGGGGAUGACGAACGAGGAGAUUGCCCGUCGGGUUGCACUUAUUACCCGGGAUCCCAUCGGGGCGUCCGCACCACCCACAACUGAUGCCGUUUUCGAUAGACGUGCUUGCAUUUUUCGUCCCUACGCCAGGGACGACGACUCAGACGAGGAGCCGAUACCCGAGGAGGCAGAUGACCCUGCGCUCCGCAUUCCCCGGGAGAUCAACGAGAUGCACGAGGAUCCCGGCUCCGAGGACACGAGGACACAGACUGCACGACGGGCGGCGGACCGGGCGGAGAGCGAUAUGCUGGGGGGAGACGAGGACUUUUGGGGCCCAUUCGGUCAGGUCGCUUCCACGGACGACCCAGAGGCGCAGGCGACGACCCCCACUCCGACGAGGCGGGAUUCGUCCAUGCCGCCACCUCCUCCUCCGAGUCCUGCACCACGAUUGCCCGUCUCUCCACUUCAGCCGGACAGGGAGGAGUUGGGGUCCUCUUUGCCUCAGCGAGGCCUUCUCCACAGAGGCGGGGCAGUCCGCCAGCUUAGGUUACGAUCACCUUCCCUUAGGAUAGGGCAGGAGGAGGGGGGACCUUCGGCAGCAGCAGUGGAGAGUUCGAUGGCACCAGCAGCUGUGUCGGACGCGACGAUCGCCGCCGCGGUGGAGGAGAUAGCAGCAGCAGCAGCAGCAUCAGUGCUAGAGGAGAUGGCAGCAUCAGUGCUGGCGGAGGAUCCACCAGCGGCAGGAGGAGGUGCAGCAGUGGAGGGGCAGGUGGCAGCAGCAGGAGGAGCAGGUGGAGGAGCAGUAGCAGUGGAGGUUGAGGUGGCAGCAGCACUGGAGGACGAGGAUGCACCGUCGGCAGCUGCAGUGGAGGAGGAGAUAGCCGCACACGCCAAGGUGCAGCGUGGGGGCGAUGACGAGUGCCUCAUGCAGCAGUUCCUCACGAAGGAGCUCGGUCCGGCCAUAGCGGGUAUGACCCCGGGUGUGGAGAGGGGGUUAGGGAUUUCUGAUUCGGAGAUGGGGACCCACUUAGACUUGGAUUUGUCGGUGGGCCUUCCACCCAGUUGCGGCGGGGCGACAUCGACGGAUCGGGCUCCAUCGACGGAUGAGGCACCAGGCAGGACUUCGACGCAAACCGCCAGAGAGAGGACGACGACUCAGUCUCCAGAUGCAGAACAUGACAUCAUGGAGCGAGAGAGGGCUAGACUUUUGGCAUCGACUGACCCUCGUGCUCAGGCGUUCGCACGGGCCGUAGAGGACGUCAGGCAUCUAGAGAUAGGGGGGGAUUGUGUGCAGGGUGGGGUGGUGGCGGGGGAGGACGUUGCGGAGGGAGUGGCAGCAGAGCCGGUACCCGAGGCUAUGCCGGGUGGAGCAGAGACAGCGGACGUUGUUGUGGAGGGACGGACUCAGGCGGUGGAUGAGGCAGUGCAGGCAGGACAGCGACGGGUCGAGGGGGCUAUAGACUUACGACGCGAGGGGCAGGAGACAGCGACGGGUCCAGUCGUUCCGUUCUCGGGCCUGCACUUGGCUCAGGCCCGACAGCCGCAGGCGGUUCAGAUGGCAGUUUAUGGUGUGCCACUGCCCGUUAUCACAGAUUUGGGUUCCGAGCUGGUGGUUGUGCCCCCACGUCUUUAUAGCGACUUUGCUCCGCAGGAGGUCCGUCGUCCUUUGGAUGCAGAGGAGUUGGCGAGAGAGGCUGUGCGCGAUGUUACUCGCUUAGACCGGCGGAUCUUCGACCGGAAGCUCGAGCACCCACCGUGGCAGUCGAUCCCUUCGGUUCCAUGGGGUCCUGCGUCGCCCGUGUGGUCUGGGUCUACCUCCACUGGAGGACAUACCACAGGACAUGUUCCAGGGGUUUCGGGUGGCGUGACGGAGACAGCGUCACGCACAUGAGACAUGCCACCCCCUCCUCCCAGAGCACCUGCAGGUGAUCCAUCAUCGUCACCCACAGGCAGAGGCUUUCGAUC